UCAACAACUUGAUCAUCUCACUGAGAAGGAGUCUGGGGUGACAGGAGGAAAACAGAAAACACGAGAAGGGGCUAGAAUGAACGGCAUGGUUUGGGGGCUCUUUCAUCACCUGCCGCGCUUCAUGGAGUCGGACAGCAAAAGUUUCCAGCCCUGGAGAGACUACAUGGGACUGUCGGACACAAUCAGAGAGAUCCUGGCACGCAGCACCGCCACUGAGCCCUCACUGCCAGCCUCCAAUGCGCCGCACUCGGAGUCUGACGAUCCGUGCAAGACUCUGGUGUCUGUGCGUAUUAACGCAUUUAGCCAAAGUGACCUCGGGGCAGACUGUGCACCAGGUCUCCCCGGUGAAUCUACACCACCACGCUCCUUUGCUCAUCAGCACCUAGCUGAUGGCUUGCGCCACGCACCAGACUCCGUUCUUGCUGACACACCAGAUGCGGUGGGUCUUAAACCAGUGCCAAAACCAAUGGGAUCCCGGGGACCAAGAGAGCGCAAGAAGACGACUAAGACGAGUCGUUUCAAAACACCCGAGCCGCCAGGGUUACCUCCAUCCCCUGAGCGCAUGUUUUGCAGUUUCUGUAAGCAUAACGGGGAGUCUGAGGUGGUCUACGGAUCCCACUGGCUGAAGAACCAGGCAGGAGAUGUUCUGUGUCCCUAUCUGCGGCAAUACGUGUGUCCUCUCUGCGGAGCCACUGGGGCCAAAGCUCACACCAAGCGCUUCUGUCCAAAGGUGGACAGCGCGUACAGCUCCGUCUACGCCAAGUCCAGACGCUGAACCAGCAGGUGGCAGGUAGCAAUAAGACGCUGCACAGACGGCAGAAUCCUAUUUGUGUGUGUUUUUGUUUAUUAGCACUAGUGUGGGUUUGCUUUUUGUGUGUUUUUUUUGCUUUUUGUGUGUUUUGGUUUGGUUUUAUUUGCAUGCUUUGGCACGUUUACCGUGAAGUCUUCUGUAAAGCUGAUUGGAGUUGUUUUCCAGCUGGUGUCGGCCUAGUCUACUUUAACAGCGCCUGUUUGGAAUUGGAGGAUUUUGUGAGGUACUUUUCAGAACGACUGCCAGAUAUUAUGUUUGGGAGGAGAAAAAUGUGUUUGUUUUACAUAUAUUUAAAACGUGGCCGACUGAUGUCCAAUUUCAAAUUUCCUGUCCAUGCAUUGAAGGAUUUAAACACUUUAUAAGACCUACAGUCAUCAGUAAUAACUUUACUACAGCAUGUAAACAUCAUGCGACCAUGUCAGCAUUUUAAAUUUUUUAAAAUAUGAGUGACUUGUUCUUGUUCUGAGGUGUGCGAGUAAAUACUUGUUCCUGAGGCAUGUUAUUUUAUUUUGAAUAUUGUACUUGUGGCUGUUCUGGAAAAAAAAAACGCCAUUUCAACUCUUU